AAUCGCCUGCUUAUCACUUUCAUUCCGAAUCCAGCUCCUGUAAUAGUGGGGGAAGUAGUAAUAAGUGGCUUAGUUGGUGCACAGCUGACGCCUACACGCACAGUUAGCGGCUGUGUACCAACAACGUCUGACAUGGAGAAUAACUCGUACCUGGGGAUUGAUUUAAGCACACAACAGCUUAAAGCAGUAGUAGUUGACAAUCAGUUAACUGUCCUACAUGAAGCACAGGUUCAGUUUGACAAUGAUUUGCCAGAAUUCAGGACACAUGCAGGAGUGGUACGGAAGGGCAGGGAGGUGUGGGCCUCUCCAGUCAUGUGGGUAAAAGCACUUGAUAUGCUCAUGGACAGGCUUAGAAUUUCUGGAACUCAGUUUGAGAAGAUUGCUGCGAUCUCGGGAACUGCACAACAACAUGGAUCUGUCUACUGGCAGCGUGGAAGUGAGAAAGUUUUGGAAUCACUUUCACCAGAUCGCUUCAUGCAUGAACAGUUAAGUGGCUGUUUCUCAGUGAAAGAAUCACCUGUAUGGCAAGAUUCAAGCACUUCCAAACAAUGUCAGCAGCUAGAGGCAGCUGUUGGAGGUCCAUUGAAACUGGCAGAAAUUACAGGUUCCAAAGCAUAUGAACGCUUCACUGGCCCUCAGAUUGCAAAAAUAUUUCAGACGAAGCCUUCGGCAUAUGAAAAUACAGAGAGAAUCUCAGUAGUAAGCAGCUUUGUAUGUUCACUGUUCCUGGGUCACUAUGCUCCAAUAGACUAUGCUGAUGGUUCUGGUAUGAACCUAAUGGACAUUACACAGAAGAAAUGGUCCAAAAUUUGCCUUGAGGCCUGUGCUCCUGGUCUUUCUGAAAAGUUGGGGGAGCCUGUACCCUCUUACACUUUGUUGGGCCCGGUUUCUAACUAUUUCGUUGAACGGUUUGACUUCAAUACUGACUGCAAAGUAGUGGCCUUUACUGGAGAUAACCCAGCAUCACUUAUUGGAAUGCGACAAACUAAAAAUGACGUCGUCGUAAGUCUUGGCACAAGUGACACACUAAUCCUGUGGUUAGAAAAGCCACACACCCUUCCUUAUGGCCAUGUUCUCUGCAAUCCACUCAACAGCGAGGAGUAUAUGGCACUGCUGUGUUUUAAGAAUGGAUCUCUCACAAGGGAACGGAUUAGAGAUGACUGUGCAGAGGGAUCAUGGAAUCUUUUCAAUGAGCUUCUGGACAGUACACCUAGAGGCAACUUUGGAAAUAUGGGUCUUUACUUUGAUGCACAAGAAAUUAUACCAUUUGUUCAAGGAGAUUUUCGUUACAACAAAGCUGGUGAUCGAGUGUCUAGGUUCAGUAGUAAGGAAGUAGAAGUUCGAGCUGCCAUCGAAGGACAGUUUAUAGCACGGAGAGCUCAUGCAGAAGAUCUUGGUCUUUCUGUAGGCAAUGAAAUGAGAAUCCUGGCAACAGGUGGUGCAUCAGCAAACCAAACUAUUCUUCAGGUCUUAGCAGAUGUUUUCAAUGCAGAUGUCUAUGUUUUGGAUAUAGUGAACUCUGCAGUCUUGGGGGCUGCAUAUCAAGCCAAGCAUGCUAUAGUUCAUGCCUCUGGAAGUUCCUUCAAAGAAAUGGUUUCACAUUUAGGCCACCCUCAUCUGGUUUGUCAGCCUCAUCGUGAUGCUGCUUCUAUAUAUGAUCCAAUGCUGAAACGGUACCGAAACAUAAUACAGGCAAUUACCAAUGGCCAUCAAAAAUUAUAACCACAAUCUUCACCAUCUAUUUGCUAUUUAUGUGUUGAUAGCAAAUUAUUAAUACCUCAGAUGAUUUUCUGUCUACAUGAGAUUCUUGUUUGUGCAAUACUUACCAGAUAAAACUGUUAGUAUUUUUUAUUAUUAAGAACACCAACUAUUUUGUUAUUGGGUUGUGCUAUAAUGUAUCUAAUAGCUACUUGUUCUCUAAGAGUUGCUUUAACAUUGUGUUCAUUUUGUAAAAAGAGAAAUUGCAACAGGACGAUAUUCAGAGUGAUCUACAUUGUUAUAUGUGUGUAAUUUCUGCAUUUAUCAUACACAUUUAUCUAAGAACUAUUUCCUAUUGCUCAAUGGCAAUAUUAGUAUUUUGUAAUAUUGACAGAUUUAAAUUGGCAGCAAAAAAUUAAGAUUUGCAUUGUGAACAUGGUGUAUGUGCUAAAAGCUAACUGUAUCAUUUAAAAUGACAUAGAGGAGGUAAGAGUAAGUCUGUUUCACAUGCUGACCUGACCUUGAACUUUGUCCUUUUUUUAAAAGGAAAGGCAGCUCAUUAGCUCAUUAGUUUUGUGGAGGUGAGAGGGAUGGAGGAAGUAAAGCACAAUUUCUUUAAAAAAAACUUCUUUCUUUUGCAUCUUUUCCCACAUCAACAUAGGGUUGGCAUAAUUACUUAUGGAUUUGGCAUGACUAAUUUAAUGAGUGGCAGGAUGCCUUUCCUGUCACCACUCUUACACACUCUUACAGGUAUGUGUAACCCCGACUGCCUUCAAGUAGUGUGGAAGUGAGUAAAAGUUUCUGAAUGUUUGUGAAUUGUCUAACUGAGGUGGGACUUGGGUAGAAGCCCAGUAUUUGCCUAAUGGGAUGUGGGAAACUGCCUAAAAACCACAUCUGGACUGGCUGGCACACCAGUCCUCAUUAUUAAUCUGUCAUGCAUAUUCGAUCCCGGGCCGGCACAACUCCCUGUCCCAGAAGCGGUGCUUUAAUGCAAAUGUUACAAGAUGAUGAUCUUGUGCACUGUGGGCCCAGUUCUCAUGGGCACCCAGUAGCUGAAGGUUCUUCUUCAGUUCACUUCCUUGCUCUUCCAGUAGGGUGAGCUCUUUCAAUUAUUCCCAAAUGCACAACUUUGGCCUGACACCUGUCUGGCCCCCAACCAAUGUGCCCUGCCAGGCUUAUUCUCUGCUCUUUCAUUUUGUGAAUGAUGUUUAGUUGUUUCUUCAGGUCAUGCAGUUCCUGGUCUUUUUGAUGUCCACAAGUUUUGUCUUCGCAGGAUGAUCCAAAAAUCUUUCUCAUGAUUUUCCUUUCAAAGAUCAACAGGUUCUUUUCAUUUUUUGUGGUGCUUAAUGUUUCUGUCCCUCAUAAUGCUGCCAGUACUAUCACUGCAUUAUACACUUUAAGUUUGGUCUUAACUAACAGAUUUUUUGAUGACAUUAGGUGUUUCAGACUGAAAUAAAUUUUAGGUGCUUUGACAGUACAUUGAUUAAUUUCUGUUUCAGGUCAUUAUGCCUGCUGAACCAUGUGCCAAGCUACUUAAAAGUUUCAACUCUCACUGUGUUUCAUAUUCCAACACAUAACUAGGCAUUAUUAGAGGUUUCUAUGGAUACUUUUAUCAUUUGAGCCUUCUCUUAAACAUGUCCAGUCUUAUUGGCAUUCUUUGCUAAGUUCUCUAUGGUUUCUGCCAUUCUCUCUCUGACUCCGUUGUGGCUGCCAUGUCAACUGUAUAUCCCAAUAACUGCAUUCUUCAGUUUAGCUUCACCCCUUUGUCUUCUUCUUUCAUUUCCAGAAUUACAUUCGCCGGACCAAAUUGAAAAACAAUAGGGAAAUGGCGUCACCUUGUCUCACACCUGUUCUGAUGCUGAAUUGCUUGGAUAACUUGCUGUGGUAUCUCACCUUAGCUUCUGUCUCUGCUGUCUACACCUUCAAACGUUAAUUAAUAUCCUUGGCAUGGCAAGCUCCCUCAGGAUGUUGUACAUGCUUAAUGUGUUUAUACUAUUAUAAGACUUUGAGAAAUCCACAAAUGUAAUCAGGAAUUGAUGGUUGAAUUCUCAGCACUUCUCCCAGACUUACCUCAUUGUCAAAAUUUCAUCCACAGUUGAUCUUCCUUCCUGAAAACCUGCCUGGUACUCUCCAACAAUGUCUUCAGUGAAAGGCUUCAGCUUUUCAAGAAUUAUUAGUGAUAAAACUUUGUGUGGUGUGCUUAGAUAAGAAAUACCUCAGUAAUUCCUUUUACUGUUCUUUUUGUGCAGUGGGAUGAUAGUAGCUGAUUUCCACUCUUUCAGGAUCACGUCCUUUCUCUAUACUUCACUUACAAAAAUAUAUCGCUCUUUCUGAAGUGUUCCACCUUCCAUCUUUGACAUCUCUGCAAUUAUCCUGGUGCCUCAUUAUUAUUCAGUUUCUUAACUGCUCUGCAUAUGUCCUGUUGAAUUACUUGAGAUUAUUCUUUCUGUACACCCUCUGCAAUUCUUCCUUCAUGGAAGACAUUUUCAGGAUCUUCAGCAUUCAACAACUUGCCUCCACCUAUAUAAAACAUUCUCGAACAUCUUGCCAUGUCAGUUCAGGGUAAAACCUCAAGCUUAUGAUA